AUGCAAUUGCCAACCCUCAGCUUCUUCCUCGGCCUCCUCGCUACCGGUAGCGUGGCUAACGCUAAGCUCUCUAUCCCAGCGGCGAAAGGCUACACCAAGCUACCCAAAGCCCAGGUCGUCUCUGGAAAUUUCGAUGGUGGCAUGAAGGAGUUCGACCGUGGUAUUAAGUGUGGCAAUGGCGAGAACGGCAGUGGUGACGCGGUGUUCAUUCUCGAGAAUGGAGCAUCGAUCUCGAACGUUAUCAUCGGAGCCAAGCAGCGCGAGGGCAUCCAUUGCAAGGCUGCUUGCACCAUUACCAAUGUGUGGUUCAGGGAUGUGUGCGAGGAUGCCAUCUCUCUUCUCGGCACGGGAAGCGUCACCAUCUCGGGAGGUGGUGCUCAGAACGCCGAUGACAAGGUAGUCCAACACAAUGGACGAGGUACAGUCACCAUCAAGAACUUCACCGUCAGCAAGGCCGGAAAAGUUUACCGCUCAUGCGGAAACUGCACCAAGAACGGAGGACCCCGAAAGGUUGUCAUCACUGGCCUCAAGGCUACCGGUGUCAAGGAGAUUGUGGGUAUCAACUCCAACUACGGAGAUACUGCUAGCGUCCAGGGAUCGUGUGGCGGUGGCACUCCUUGCCAGGAGUACAUUGGCGUUACCAAGGAGAAGGGAGGAAGCUCAAAGAAGGUCAGCUCCAAGGGUGCAUGCAAGGUAUCAUGCAAAUAA